AUGAACAACGUAACAGUUAUCUUCAACAUUUCCAAAAAUGAACUUUUCAAAUUGCCUGACAAUUACAAGACACUGCACCGGAAGCUUAAAGUUAGCUAUAGGGUUGAAAGUAAUAAAAACGAUAUCACACCGGAAAUUCUGAAAGGAGCGACUAUUUUUGUUUUGGCAGGGCCUCAGGAAAAAUUCACCGAGACAGAAUUUCAAUACCUGAAGGAUUAUAUUUCCGAAGGAGGUCGUCUGUUACUUCUGCUAGGUGAGGGUGGAGAAGUUAAUUUCAACACUAACGUAAACUUCCUUCUGGAGGAAUAUGGCAUGACAAUCAAUAACGAUUCCGUUGUCCGUCCACAAUAUUACAAAUAUUUCCACCCGAAAGAGGCUCUUAUUAGCGGAGGCAUCGCAAGCGAUACUUUAAACAAUAAUUUACUCGAAUAUAGUAAAAGCAUUUUGACUGCGUUCGAUUUCAUGGAUGAUAGGUACAAAGUAGAGUUCGUGUACCCUUUCGGAGCUACAAUGAACAUAAUCCAACCGUCAACUGUUCUGAUGACAACCGGUCCUGCCGUGUAUCCCUUCAACCGUCCUCUAGCAGGGUACUAUCAAAAUGAAUCCAACGGAAAAAUCGUCGCCAUCGGGUCCGGGCACAUAUUUCAGGAUAAGUACAUUGCAAGCGAGACCAAUAUGGCAAUCUGGGACAGCAUAUUGGGCAUGAUUCUCGCGGAAAAUUUCAGCUUCAAACCGUCGGACUUUAAUGAUCUAGAGAUCAAUGACUAUGCGGUAAUCCCAGACACGAUCUUUCUAUCCGAGCAACCAAAGAUUUGCCUGAUGGACUCUCUCGAUUACGAUAUACCAGCGGACUUCAAGAAGCUGUUCGAUAUGACCCUGUACUCGAUCAAUAACGAUUUGCUACGCGACGUUAUCAAUACCUACGGAAAAUUGGACGUGCAAUACGAAACGCUCAAGAUCAUCAAGCCGCAGUUCGAGAUUCCCCUGCCGCCACUGCAGCUUGCGGUUUUUCAGCCUAUCUUUAGCGAUUUAAUGGCGCCACCGUUGGAGCUGUUUGACCUGGAUGAAGCAUUCAGCUCGGAGAAGGCUCAAAUCACCCAGCUGACUAACAAAUGUCUGUCGCCGGCUUUGGAAAGUUCUCGAAAAGGUACCGAUGAGAAAGAACUGGGCUAUUUUAUUCAAGAGUGCGGGCGAAUUUUAAAGGUAUGCCAGGAUGACCAGAAAAUGUCGGCAAAGGAGAUUUUGAACGUGAUCAGUGUGAAGAUUGCUCAUUAUAAAAAACUUGACAAGGAUUGA